AUGGACGGAUCAUUCAUUCCCACCAAGAACCCCUCCAUUCCGAAGGGCUCUGGCCCGUCUCUUCUAGCCUGUCUUCUCUGUCGCCAUAAGCAUCUUAAAUGUGACGGGACGACCCCUGUCUGUGGCCGCUGCGCAGCCACAGGAGCCGAGUGUCAGUACACUCCUUCGCGCCGCGGGUACAAAGGACCGUCCAAGAAGCGGCGAGCCAAUCCGUCGUCUCCUGAACAGCUACCUCUCUCAGAACCCUCGACAUCGUCCUUCGACCCUCAGUCCGUCGCAUUGCUGGACCCUCCGGCGGACUGGAGUCUCCAGAACGGAAGCUUCCAAAAUGCGUUUCCAUAUUUUUCUCCCAAUGGCUUCCCCUCUUCGGACUCGGACAGCUCCCACAUAAAUACCGACAGAGCCCUAACGUCGCAACAACCUACACGGGUGAGCAAUGGUGGGCCGCUCACCCCGGAAUCUCUGACUUCGGUCGCCGGUGAUGGUUAUCUCGUCGACAUAUAUUACACCUAUUUUCAUCCAUCGCAUCCAAUUCUACCCCCGCUUCGUUUGCUCUAUCGCUUCCAUGUACCUCGAUAUCUGGAACAUGUCAUCAAGUUCAUCGGCUCCCACUUCACUCCCGCCGCAAACAGUGAGGUGUAUAGACCCUCUGUGAUGUUGUCAGCCAUGGAGCAGGAUGCGUCCGUAGAGAAGCUGCAGGCACUUCUCCUACUGGCUAUUGUGUUGCACUCGCGCAACGAGCGAGCGGAGGCUGGCGAGUGUCUUGUUAUGGCAGUCGACCUGGCCUUUGAGCUCGGGAUUCACCGCGAGACUUUCGCGGUCGCCAUGGGCGGAGGUGAUCCGGUCCGCGAGGAGAGUUUGCGACGCACGUGGUGGGAGUUGUUCGUCAUUGAAGGCAUGUUGACCGCACUCGGUGUGCAGCGGAUCAAUCGCACCAGCUUAGUACCGCCUGAGGUACCGCUACCGUGCGAGGAACGCAUCUUCCAGGAUGGACUGGCCGCGCCGGCGCCGCCCACGAUUGCACAGUUUGAUGAGCGCGUCUUUGCGGACGAGGAGCGGGACUUCUCCUCCUACACAUAUCGGAUCGAGGCGGUGCGGAUCCUCGGGCGCGUUGUCGCCAUUCAGGAUAUGAUCGAGGGCCAACAGGACCACGUGGAGGCGAUUGACGCGCGGAUCGCUAGCUGGUUUCACCACCUCCCCGAAUCAAAAUCAGAGUUGCUGCGUCCCGACGGGUCGGUAGACGAGAUGAUGUUCCAGGCCACCAUGAUCGUGAACGGAGCGGGUAUCUACCUCCACUUCCCGCGGUCCGAUCUCCUGUCAUCACCCGCAGUCGCUGCGGAAGUCAUCUGCGGCCACCACGGACCAUGCAGCAUCCCCGCCUUCUCGCACCACGCCCAUGCGAUGAAAGCCGUCAAGGCUGCCAGCGAGAUCUCAACCCUGGCAGCCAUCCGCAUGCCAGUCGUCAAGCACACGCCCUUCUUUAUUUGUGCCUUGGUGCUCAGCUCCAUCGUGCAGCUCGCCGCCUGCUCCGUGAAAGCCGGACAGAUGCCCGAUCCCAGCCGCGACCGACUCACCCUCACCAUCGGCGUCUUCAAGUCUCUCGCCCGCACCUGGGCCAUCUCGCAGACCAUCAUGCGGCAGAUCAAGGCCGUCGCGCGCGACGUCAUGGACGUCGGGCUGCGACCCACGAUGGAGCAGCUGGAUCUGACCACCGUCCUCGACGGAGGUCGAUUCUGGCUGCCGGAUGCACUUCCCCGAUGA